AACAACACCUCUAAGCUUUUGCACAAUCAAUUGCAAACCAUAACAAAUCCCCAAAAAAUGAACACCGUUCGUCCCAAUUCAGGAAAAAGGGGAAGACUUUGAAGUUAUUAACUCUUGUAUCGAUACGAAGAAGAAUAUGGAUAUUAAUGAUUCGGGUCGGGAUAAACAACACAUACUAUAUGAUGAGUCACUUGAGGUGGCCCAAGAUCUGCAGAGGAGUGAUGCUCCAUUAUACAGGCUUGAAGCUAUUGACUUUGAUGCUCCAUUAAUGGCAGUCGAGAAGGAACUUGAAAAAACUGAGAGUGCUCCGCUGCCCAAUGCUGUGUUUGAUGAAAGCUAUAAUUUCCUUAUAUACGCCACUCUUCUUGGAAUAAAAGUAAGGGAUCCACUUAGUAUUGUUUUCGGUUUAAAUUACCAUAGACUAGCAUAUCAGUCUAGACAUGAUAAGUAUCCUGUCUCACAUGCACAUGAUACAAUUAAUGAGCUUAAAGACGUGGGCCUUUCACCACUGGCUAGCCUUUACUUAGGUGACCAGAGGAAUGCGAUUUGUGGGUGGCUAAAGUGCAGGAGUAUUGCACUCAUAUGUGGAAACUGCCGUAUGCAUCAUUGUGAUGCACAUAUGGAAGAGCCAUUUGUGGAUCGUUCAAGUUUACCCAUGCUGCAUCCUUCUCGGUUAAAUGGAGCUCAAUGGUUUAAACACCACCCUCAAGUAUCAACUGGUGUAAGAAAGACCAUUCAAAGUUGUUUUAAUGGACCAUGGUACUCUUGGAAAAGAGUGCCGCCAUUCUACAAACGAUCAUGGUUUUCUCUGUUUAAGAAAAGGUUUAACUGGGAUGCUUCCAUCAACUAUCAAGUUGAAAGAGAGUUUAAUAAGCUUGCUGCCUAUCGCCUCAAAGGAAUGAUAAGCCAUGCAAAGAAUGGAGGAAAAAAACCAGAAUGGAUUUUAUCUGAAUAUUGGACCAUUAUGCAAGCGCAUUGGGCAACCGAAAAAGCGAAAGCAACUAGUGAAAAGGCACGUGCUUCUCGAAUGUCUGAUCGUAAUGGUUUAGGCCCACAUUCCCAUCGUGCGGGUUCUCGCUCGUUUGUCAGAGUUAAAGAUGUUCUGGAAGAAAACAAUGAAGACUGCUCUUUUAUUGCUGUGAUGAAGAAAACACAUCAGAAGCCUGAUGGAACGUACGAUGAUCAACGAGCACGAUUGGUUGCAGAAACUUAUGAAAAGCAGAUACAAGAACGCUUGGGUCAACUUGAAUCUUCUGGGGAAGAUAAUCUGACAGCUGAAACUCUUGAUGAACAUGAGAAAAAUGAAAUUUAUAUCAAGGCUGCUGGAUCAUCUAAACAUGGCCAUAUAUUUGGACUUGGAGCACUAAUUGAGGCUCUACCAUCUGUUGGUGCUUCUUCAAGUGCACCACAAACUUCUGAAGAGGUGGAGACGAUAACGCAUCGGCUACAAGAGAUGGAAACUGAUCUUAAGAAGAGCCUUGAAGAGAAUCUGCAAACUCAGAAAAGACUUGAAGCUAUGGAAAAACUUGUUGAGUCUCUUGCACGUCAAAAUGUCUAGAUCCGAAUCCACCACCAAGACCUUCCAGCUAAUCUAGUUAUGUAUAUAUUCUGGUUUCUAUUAGCCUAAGUAUCGUUUAGUUUGCAUUUUCUUUAAGUUGUGUUACUUUGUUUGGAUGCUAGUCUUUUAAGUUGU